UUAGCUGGAUUGUGAAGACUGAGUGUGGUGUUGGCAUUAUCAAUGAAGACUGUUCGUCUUUCACUUCGGACAUGCAUUGCUUUAAUUGCUGCAGUUGUGGCCUUGUGGAUGAUUUUUCGCUACAUGAAGAGAAAUUCAACACAUGUACAUGUACAUCUAGCAUCUUCUUCUUCUUUGACAACGGAUGGUCGUCAUUUCAGACUAGACGGAAAACCAUUUCGUAUAUUAAGCGGCGCAAUCCACUAUUUUCGUGUUUUACCGGAGUAUUGGGAGGACAGAUUGUGGAAGUUGAAGGCGAUGGGUCUCAACACUGUGGAAACGUAUGUUGCUUGGAAUAUUCAUGAACAAGAACCAGGAAGGUUUGACUUUAAAACUGGUAUGAGAGAUAUUACAAAAUUUAUCCGGACAGCUCAGUCACUUGGUUUGCAUGUUGUUAUCCGUCCUGGACCAUACAUUUGUGCAGAGUGGGACAUGGGUGGUUUGCCAGCUUGGCUGUUACGAGAUCCUGACAUGAAGCUGCGUACCUUGUACAGAGGGUUUACUGAGGCUGUUGACCGCUACUUUGAUCAUCUGAUACCUCUCUUUGUUCCUUUGCAACGAGUGAAUGGUGGACCAGUAAUUGCCGUACAAGUAGAGAACGAGUACGGCAGCUAUGGGGAGGACAAUGCUUAUAUGAUGUAUGUCAAGGAUGCACUGGUGUCUCGAGGGAUUGAAGAAAUGUUGUUUACAUCUGAUGGAGGAGGGGUGAAGCCAUGGGGAGAGUUGCUACAGACAGUGAAUUUCCAGAAAAAUAUGUCAAAUAUUGAUAAACUGUUAAAAGUUCAGCCAAACAAACCUGUCACUGUUAUGGAGUUUUGGUCUGGUUGGUUUGAUCACUGGGGAGAGAAACAUUCUGUAUUGACAGUGUCGAAGGCUUUGGAAAGGAUUGGACAUAUUUUGUCGGUUGGUGGUUCGAUUAAUCUCUACAUGUUUCAUGGAGGAACGAACUUUGGUUUCAUGAAUGGAGCUAAUGAUGGAAAAUAUCAUAACCUUACAUACUCACCAACUGUUACUAGCUAUGAUUAUGACUCUCCAUUGUCAGAAGCAGGCGAUGUGACUGAGAAAUAUGUGAAACUAAGGAAAUUGAUACUUAACCAUGAGCCAACACUGUCAUUACCUGAAACACCAAAUUUUGUGCAGAAGAUGGCAUACAAGCCUGUUAAAAUGGACCAACAUGUGGAGCUGAUUGAUAUUGCCAAGUUGACAGUUGCCACAAUCCGUGACAAACCGAUCAGUAUGGAAAGACUUCCAAUUCAUAACUCGGCAGGGCAAGCGUAUGGCUUUACGCUGUAUGAAACGAAUGUUGCAGAGAAGGGUCGAAAGUUAAAAAUAUCUGGUGUGAAAGACAGAGGAAUUAUAUUGGUCGAUGGAGUACCAGUGGCAACAGCAGAACUAGGGAAACAUACAACUGAGAUUGAUCUUGUUCUCUCUUCUCACAGUACAGGCUUCCAGCUGAGUGUUCUUGUAGAGAACUGUGGCAGAGUGAAUUUUGGGCGUCCACCUUGGUUUGAGUCAAAAGGACUUGUCGGUGAGGUUUUUGUUGAUGAGAAAAAGCUAACUCAAUGGUCCAUAUUUCCACUUGAAUUUGAUAGUCAGUUCCUGGAGAUGAUUGCAAUGAAAUCAGAUGUGUGGAAAGUGACACCAGCUCCAAAAAAUUCGGGACCCAUUAUGUACACAGGAACUCUUACAAUACCAUCGAACAUCAAGCCGAAAGAUACUUUUAUUAAUUUACAAGGUUGGGUAAAAGGAGUUGUGUUUGUGAAUGGCUUUAAUCUUGGACGAUACUGGAAUAUUGGUCCACAGCUGACUCUCUAUCUUCCAGCACCUCUUUUGAAGCAAGGAAAAAAUAUGCUGAUGAUUUUUGAAUUACACGCAGCGUCUUCUGAUUUAAUGGUGAAAUUUACAGUUUUACCACAGCUUGGAGAUAGAAAGGAAAGAUAUUGAACUUUAAGACUUACUGUAUUGUGGUGGUUAUUUCUGUUGGUUUCAUGGUGUGUUUGAUGUCCAUGUUUUCUGAGUUGUAAGUAAAUUGCUGUACAUGUUGUAGACUAGACAAGUUUACUGGAAUAUGAACUUGUCAACGCUAAAUCUGGUUUUAGUUGUGAUUUCCAUUCUCGCAUUUCAAUUUCUUACUGUAAUACAGAACUUGUUAGUUGGCGUUAUGAUAAAUACCUUUAUUCUGUACAAAGUCAACGUGUACUGUAAUACAGUAUA